AUGACGACGCUGGUGGGUGCUGCCGUUGCCUGGGCCUACGAGCAACGCGCCGCGGCUCUUCGCGAGGACGAGGCGCGGGCGAAGGACGCGGCCAUCGUCGUCGUCGACAUUGGCAGCUCGUCCGUCCGUGCCAGCGCCUACGUGUGCGUUCGCGGCGCAUGGAUCGCCGUCGACGGCUCGCUCUGCCAAGAGGCUCGAGGUGCCAUUGGCGCCGAUGGCACGGCCGAUAUGGGAAGCAUCCAGGCUUCCGUGGAGCGCGUUCUGGACGGUACGAUCGGCUGGCUGACGACCCAGCGCGCAUAUGUGGUCAAGGCCGUUGGCUUUUCUGCGUUUGGCAUGUCGCUCGUGGGCGUCGAUGCGGCCGGCGCGCCCGUCACACCUGUCUACACAUACGCUGGGCAGUGCGCAGACGAGGCCAAUGAGCUCCGCGACGCGCUGGCCAAGGCGGGUCUCCUAGCAGAGGUGUACAACCAAACCGGCACGCCGAUGCACCCCGCGUACGCCGCCCCGACGCUGCUCCGGCACAAUCGGCGCCAGCCGCCGUCGCCUGUCCAUGCGUGGCAGUCGAUGGUCGGUGUACUACUUCGAGCAUGGACCACCGCCUCCGAUGUCCUUCCCAUGAGCUACUCGGAGGCGUCGUGGACGGGCCUCUUGGACUUUCGAAGCGCUGCGUGGCACGCGAAGCUCCUCGCCAUGACGCACACACCAGCGUCGACCAUGCCUCCGACGCAGGACCCGUCGGUGCCCGUGGACGCGCAUCUCAACCUCACGUACGCACGCCGGUGGCCGCUGCUUCGGGAGGCGACCUUUUACCUCGCCUUUGGUGAUGGCGCUGUUGCCAACAUUGGUUCCAAGUGCACCGACCCGAGUCGCAUCUGUCUCACGAUCGGUACGAGCGCGGCGAUGCGGGUCCUAGUCACGAUCGCUGCCCUCGGCAAGGUGCCGAGAGGGCUCUGGUGCUACCGCGUCAAUGCGACCCAUGUUCUGCUCGGCGGCGCGCUCACGGACGGCGGAUCUCUCUACGCAUGGGCCAAGAAGACGCUUGCGCUGCCCAACGAUGCUGCAGCCGCGCUCGAAGCCAUGGCGCCGGGUGCCCACGGGCUCACAUUGCUUCCGUUCUUGCAUGGCGAGCGCGCUCCAGGCUGGCACGCCAAGGCGUCGUGCACGAUCAGCGGGAUUACCGCCGCCACGAGCUCGGUGGACAUUCUCCGCGCGUCGCUCGAGUCGGUGGCGCUGCGCUUGGCGGCCAUUUACGCGCUGCUUGCACCUCAAGCGAGCUCGGACGCGGUCCUCGUCGCAAGCGGCACCGCCCUCACAUCGUCGCGUCUCUGGCGCCAAAUGAUUGCGGAUGCGAUCGGACGCCAGGUCGUGCUGGAGACCGAUGCGGUCGAGACGACGUCUCGGGGCGUGGCCAUGGCGCUGGGCUCGUACUUGGGCCUCUCGGCAUCGCUCGACCAGGCACAACCCCUCUCGUCGGCGCUGCUGUCGGCGGAUCCGUCGCACCACGCCCAUGCAGCUUACUUGGGCGCGCGAGAGAAGCAAGAGGCACUGUAUCAUACACUGUAUGCUUAA